UGUGUUGAGGUGGCGGACAGGCCCCGGUCUUGAUUGGCUCUGGCCUAAGGCAGUAGGAGGAGACUUCCACAAUGGAUGGGACUGCUGGGGACAAAUGUUUACUAAUGCUGUCUGGCUGUGCAGGGAGGGGAAGCAGAGAGGAAAAGACCACAACACACAACAAGAAAUCCUGCAGGUACUUGGCUCUCGGGUUGGGCUAGAUCUCUUGGCUGGACUUCCUCAGUGAUAAUUUCACAUUUCGACACGUUAGCUCAGUGAACCCAACUCGUGAUUUGCUUUCAAGGACAUUGAGGACCUCAACCUGUAGCUACUUAUGAAGAGACUGGCAUAAGACAUCUCAGGACAACAUCUCAGAAACACUGAGCACCAUUGUCAGAGGAGCACUGUGACAGGAGCACAGGUCAUGUGACAUCAUAACAGCAUAGCAGGAAGUAAUCGCUGAAUUCUUAGCGUACCACUCUGUACAGUCAGCUGUACAGGUUUAUAUUUCAGUCAUUUAGCAGACACUCUUAGGGUUAAGAGCCUUGCUCAGGGGCACAUUGACCGAUUUUUCAACUAUUCAACAAACCCAACACUCUUAACCGCAAGGCUACCUGCCACACAGUUCUGACCUCACCGUUUCCAACCACGCUUUCGUGAUCACAUGCACCAUACCCACACUCCGUCACACUCCAUACCCUCUCACCCACCUGGGAGCCCUUCCAUAGCCUGGGUAGACUCAUCACCAAGGGCACCAUUGGACACUGCACCCUUCAGAAAUGACCGGUACCCAGCUAAUGAACUAUCCCACCACAAACUCUCCAUUCAGCUCUCCCAGCUCCAACUCCAUUCUGCUCCAAUCAGCUGCCAUGACAUCCCCAGUCCCCCCUUUUUCCCGGGCCACCUCAGUCCCCUCGCCUCAACUGCCUCUGGCCCUGUGGCCCCCGCUGGACUUUGCCUUAGGAGCGUUGUCGUGCUGCGCCUGUGUGUUCACUAACCCCCUGGAGGUGGUAAAGACACGGUUGCAGCUGCAGGGAGAGCUGCGGGCGCGGGGGUCCUACCGGCAGCACUACCGUGGGGUGCUGCAGGCCCUGUGGGUGGUGGGGAGGACGGAUGGGCUCCGAGGGCUUCAGAAGGGGCUCUCGGCUGGGCUGAUGUACCAGGGUCUGAUGAACGGCGUGAGGCUGGGCUUCUACUCCUACUGUGACUCCGUGGGGUUCACUGCAGCCCCUGGAGGGAGUCUGAUGUCAGGGGCCGUGGCUGGGGCUCUGGGGGCCUUCAUUGCCUCUCCUGCCUAUCUGGUGAGUGGCAUACAUCUUUGUUGUAUUGUUGUCGCUCUCAUAGGUGUGUCGAGUGCCUUCGCCAAUAUCUACCGGCGGGAGGGCGUGGUGGGGCUGUGGAGGGGUGUGAACGGGGCUGUGCCUCGAGUGAUGGUGGGAUCAGCCGCCCAACUGGCCACCUUCAGCUCCGCUAAGGAAUGGGUGGCACGCCUUCAGUGGUACAGUCCAAACAGCUGGCUGGUUGCCUUGACAGCUGCCUGUAUCAGUGGAGUCGCCGUGACGAUCACCAUGACACCGUUUGACGUCAUCAGCACACGCCUCUACAACCAGCCAGUGGAUGAGCGUCAUAGGGGUCGUCUGUACCUGGGCUUCUCAGACUGUCUGGUGAAGGUGUGCCGGACAGAGGGUUUUCUGGGGCUGUAUAAAGGUAUGGGCCCUGUGUUCUUCCGCCUGUGCCCUCACACCGUUCUUAGCAUGCUCUUCUGGGACCUGAUGAGACAACGGGCCUUUCAGGACGUUCAGAACGAGAGCUGAAGAGAAGAGGAUAUUCAGCAAUCUUGGAGGACAAUGGAAGUUGAUUUAAAAAAUAAAACAUGUUUUGGCCUGCUGUCUUCAUCAGAGCCGGAGCUAAGAAAGAAGGCCUCAUAUGGUGGACAGAGUUGAAUGAAUGACUGGUCCGUUGGUAGAGACGAGCAGUAGACACUCUUUGUGAUGCCAGUGUGGAAAGUUGGUUGAGAGAAGGAGAGACGAGGAGGAGGAGACGCUCUCAAUUCCACAGAAUAGACUUGCACUCCCUCACCGGUUAACUGGAAGGAUACAUAAUGGCUUGAUAUACACUGAGUGUACAAAACAUUAUUGAGUUGCACCCCCUUUUGCCCUCAAAACAGCCUCAAUUAAUCUGGGCAUGGACUCCACAAGGUGUUGAAAAUGUUCCACCGGGAUGCUGGUCCAUGUUGACACCAAUGCUUCCCACAGUUGGGCACCCACAGGCUGGAUGCCCUUUAGGUGGUGGACCAUUAUUGAUACACAUUGGAAACUGUUGAGCGUGAAAAACCCAGCAGUGAUGGAGUUCUUGACACACUCUCAAACUGGUACGCCUGGCACCUACUACCAAUCCCCAGUCAAAGGCAUUGAAUGGCAUACAGUGCUUUGUAAAAUAAUUCAACCCCUUGGAGUUUUUCCUAUUUUGUUGCAUUACAACCUGUAAUUUAAAUAGAUUUUUAUUUGGAUUUCAUGUAAUGGACAUAAUCACACCGAGAACACCAUGUUUUUCAUUGGCAGGGACUGGGAAACUGGUCAG